AUGGCCGAAAGCGACUGGGACACCGUGACUGUUUUGAGGAAGAAGGGGCCGACGGCUGCUCAGGCCAAGUCUAAGCAGGCGAUCACCUCAGCCCAGCGACGUGGCGAGGACGUGGAGACCACUAAGAAAUGGGCUGCGGGGCAGAACAAGCAGCACCUGGUCAGCAAGAACACGGCCAAACUGGACCGCGAGACGGAGGAGCUGCACCACGACAGGGUUUCCUUGGAGGUGGGCAAAGUCAUCCAGAAGGGACGCCAGGAGAAAGGACUCACGCAGAAGGACCUUGCCACGAAAAUUAACGAGAAGCCGCAAGUGAUUGCCGACUACGAGAGCGGGAAAGCCAUCCCCAGCAACCAAGUCAUGGGCAAGAUCGAGAGAGCAAUCGGCUUGAAGUUGCGCGGUAAGGACAUUGGACAUCCCCUGGAGUCCAAAUCCAAGACGAAAUGA